GCAGCCACUUCUGAGGAGACCUGGGAGGAGGAUGGCCCCCGCGGAAGCUCUGAUUCUAGGGGCCCUGGCUCUGGCCUCCAUGCUGAGCCCCUGCCGAGCUGGAGACAUCAGGGCUGACCACGUGGGCACUUAUGGCACAAAUGUUUACCAGACGUAUGGCGCCUCUGGCCAGUUCACAUAUGAAUUUGACGGAGAUGAGCUGUUCUACGUGGACCUGAAAACGAGGGAAACGGUGUGGCGGCUGCCUGAGUUUAGCAAUUUCACCAAGUUUGAAACUCAGAAUGCCCUGCAAAACAUUGUUGUGGCAAAAAGAAAUUUGGACACCUUGAUAAAAGAUUCCAACUUCACACCUGCCACCAAUGAAAUUCCUGAAGUGGCUGUGUUUCCGAAAUCUCCCGUGACCUUGGGUAUUCCCAACACCCUCAUCUGUCUGGUGGACAACAUCUUCCCUCCUGUGAUCAACAUCACUUGGUUAUACAACGGACACCCCGUUGCCGAAGGCGUUGCUGAGACAACCUUCUACCCCAAGAGUGACCACUCUUUCCUCAAGCUCAGCUACCUCACUUUUCUUCCCUCCGCUGAGGAUUUCUGCGACUGCAGGGUGGCGCACUGGGGCCUGGAAGAGCCGCUCCUCAAGCACUGGGAGCCUGAGAUUCCAGCCCCCAUGUCAGAGCUGACAGAGACUGUGGUCUGUGCCCUGGGGCUGGCCGUGGGCCUCGUGGGCAUCGUGGCGGGCUCCGUGCUAACCAUCCGCCGGCUGCACGCAGGGGCUGCCUCCAGGAGCUGGAGGACCACUUGA